AUGGAAGACCCCGACAUUCCUGAACAUUCUCCCAGCCUGCAAAUGGAGAAGGUUUCCGAUGAAGUUCUUACUGCACUCUUCGAUACCGCGCCGGUUCUACAUUCCUACGAAGGAACACGUAUUGUGCGCCUGUCACGCACACUGAUCCUCAAAGGUGGGACUGGUGCACGACCUUGUGAGGCCAAUAUCCUAAGGCUUGUUGCUGGGGCGAGGGAGCGAGAGGGAUCGAAGACAAUCCCAGUGCCCAGGGUUCACAGAGUUCUCAACGUCGAAACGGAAAAUGUCUUUUCUGGCUGCAAAUGCCUAAUCCUCAUGGAUUUCGUCGACGGCACAUCAAUCGAGCAAUGCUGGGGUGACUUGAGUCAGGCAGCACGUGUGGAUGUUGUCUCUCAAGUCGCUUCAAUGAUUAAUGCUCUACGGUCUAUUGCGCUAUCCCAGGAGCAGCAGCAGCAGCCCGGCCCAGUGGACUGUAAAGGCUGCGUGGCCCGUGGUUACUGGUUUACGGACAUAGGAGCCGGGCCAUUUAAUUCGAAAAAGCACCUUGAAGCUUGGUUCAACCGUCGACUUGAAAUCUCUCAGAAAUUCCACCAGGCACCCGAAACUGUUCCACCGUUUCAUUUUGACAAACUAGUUCUCACUCACUUAGAUAUCUCACCCCGUAAUUUAAUCUUGGGCCCUGAUGGCAAAGUUUGGCUUAUUGACUGGGGUGAUGCUGGGAUAUACCCUGAUGGAUUUGAAAUCGCGUCGCUGAAAGCACGGAGGUUCGAAGCGCCAUAG